AGCCACCCAAAUUGCUCCUCUCUCUCUCUCUCUCUCUCUCUCUCUCACUCUCUCUUUCUCUCUCUGUGGAAAAUAUCUCACUACACAACAGCACCGAGAGAAUCUCACAAGAAAGAAGAAAAUUAACAGUGCCCCAUCAUCAUCAUCAUCAUAAUCAUCAUCUCGUGGUAGAAGAACAACACAACACCUGAUAUGAAGAAGAAGGUCCCAAGCUUCCAUCUUUCUCCUCAUCCCCUUCCCUUCUCCAUCUUCCUCUGAUCAAACAAACCCACAAAACUAAAAACCAAAUUCUCUCUCUCUCUCUCUCUCUCUCUCCCUCUCUAUACAUAGAUUGUUAUAGGUAUAGAUAUAGAUAUAAAGAGAUGUCUCCUGAAGAGUCCUUGAGAUCUCUCUCACAGGACUAUCUCAACUUGUUGAUCAACGGCCAGGCCUUCAGCGAUGUAACCUUCAGCGUGGAGGGCCGUCUAGUCCACGCCCACCGCUGCAUCCUGGCGGCGAGGAGCCUGUUCUUCAGGAAGUUCUUCUGCGGCAUGGAGACUCAGCCGGGGCUGACCUCCGCCGGGGCUGGUGGAGGCCUGGCGUCGUCGCCGAGGGGGUCGAAUCCGCAGGUGAUACCCGUGAAUUCAGUGGGCUACGAAGUGUUCUUGCUGAUGCUACAGUUUCUGUACAGUGGCCAGGUCUCAAUUGUGCCCCAGAAGCACGAACCUAGGCCCAAUUGCGGCGAGAGAGGCUGCUGGCACACGCAUUGCACCGCCGCCGUCGAUCUAGCUCUCGACACACUUGCCGCCGCCAGAUCCUUUGGCGUCGAGCAGCUCGCAUUGCUUACCCAGAAGCAAUUGGCGAGCAUGGUGGAGAAGGCCUCAAUUGAAGAUGUGAUGAAAGUUUUGAUAGCUUCAAGAAAGCAAGAGAUGCACCAACUUUGGACUACUUGUUCCCAUUUGGUCGCCAAAUCCGGCCUUCAGCCUGAAGUCCUGGCCAAGCAUCUUCCGAUCGACGUUGUCGCCAAAAUCGAAGAGCUCCGCCUGAAAUCAUCGAUCGCACGGCGAUCCCUGAUGCCGCACCACCACCACCACCACGACCUCGGCGCCGCCGCCGACCUCGAAGACCAGAAAAUCCGGCGAAUGAGGCGAGCCCUGGACUCCUCCGAUGUCGAGCUUGUCAAGCUCAUGGUCAUGGGGGAAGGGCUUAAUCUCGACGAAGCCUUGGCCCUACAUUAUGCCGUCGAGAAUUGCAGCCGGGAAGUGGUGAAAGCCCUUCUGGAACUAGGAGCCGCCGACGUUAACUACCCGGCUGGACCCGCCGGUAAGACGCCGCUCCACGUGGCGGCGGAGAUGGUGUCGCCGGACAUGGUGGCUGUACUGCUCGACCACCACGCCGACCCGACUAUCCGGACGGUCGAUGGAAUCACCCCUCUCGACGUGCUCCGGAACUUGACAUCCGAUUUCCUCUUCAAAGGGGCAGUGCCGGGUCUGACCCACAUAGAACCCAACAAGCUCCGCCUUUGUUUGGAGCUGGUUCAAUCGGCCGCUUUGGUCAUUUCACGGGAAGAAGGCGGCGGCGGCGGCGGCGGCAAUGCUGCUUCUUCCACGCCUAUUUAUCCCCCGACGGCCGACGAUCACAGCACUGGCAACAUGGCCAACCUUAACCUAGAUUCAAGACUGGUUUAUCUCAACCUGGGCGCAGCGAGCCCCGGCCAAAUGGGGUGUAAUAAGAUGGACGAAGCCGACGAUAGUGGCCACCGUGGCCAGCGGCCGCCACCGCAGCAAGGGGGCUGUGACCCCUCAAUGUACCACCAUCACCACCACCACCACCACCAUCACCCACAUGAGUAUUAGCUCAAUCUCUCUCUCUCCCUCUCUCUCUCUCUCUCUCUAUAUAUAUAUAUAUAUAUCCAUGGAAGUUGGAAAUUCAGUCAAGGGAACACUGAUUCAAACUGGUCGAGAUAAUUAUUGGAAUAUUGUGUAUCUAUCGAUCUCGAUCUCUCCCUCUCUGUGUGGGUGUUGUUUGUGGUGGAUUUUGGCAGAAUUUUGAUUGUAGGGGCUUCCCAGUGUUUGAAGAGUGCCACUGCAGCUGCAAAGAGGAUGAGACAAUAGAGAAUCUAAGUUUUAAGCAAAGGAAAGGGAUGAUGGAGAAGACUCGAGUCAAUCUUUUCAACUCGCCCGGCCUGUCAACUCCUUUUGUAUUUAUUGGUAUAUCUUAUGUCAUAUCCCUCUUUUUUAUUUUUUUUUUCUUGUUAUAUCCCUCUUUUUUAUUUUCACUUGCAUUAUUUUCUUGUCUCCCCCCGCCGACCCACCUUUCAUGGGUCUUUAUUAUAAUUGAUCCAUAAAUAAAUAAAUGGUGGGUAAUGUUUACCAGUACUCGCAUGGCAUAAAUGCAUUUUGUUUGU